GGGGCCAGACAGUUCGUGGUCGAGGCGUCUAAGACGUGAAGAAUGCCAGUUUUCAGGAAUUUGGCCAAGACUGCUAAAAAAGUGCUACUGAGCAAUGGUUGUAGUUGCCAGAUUCCUGCUGUGUCAGUCAGACUGAUGAGCUGCUCUCCAAGGCAAAUAAAUGCAGAUGCAAGCUUUCACUCUGUAUCUUUUGCUGAAUCGGAUCAUCCCCGUGUUCUUAUCACAGGUGGCUUAGGACAGCUUGGUGUAGGGCUUGCUAACUUGUUAAGAAAUCGCUUUGGUAAAAACAACGUAAUUCUCUCUGACAUCAGGAAACCCCCAGAUCAUGUGUUCCACAGUGGACCAUGUAUAUAUUCUGACAUCUUGGAUUAUAAGAAUCUGCGUGAAAUUGUCGUCAACAAUCGUAUCACUUGGCUAAUUCACUACAGUGCUCUGCUGAGUGCAGUUGGGGAAGCAAAUGUCCCUCUAGCACGCAAUGUCAAUAUAACCGGUCUGCAUAAUAUUCUGGAUAUUGCUGCGGAACAUAACCUUCGCCUGUUUGUUCCCAGCACAAUUGGUGCAUUUGGAUCAACUUCUCCCAGAAACCCAACUCCUGAUCUGUGUGUACAGAGACCUAGAACAAUCUAUGGCGUCUCCAAAGUGCAUGCUGAGCUUAUGGGUGAGUAUUACCAUCACAAGUACGGCAUGGAUUUUCGAUGUCUGAGGUAUCCUGGCAUAAUUUCUGCAGACACCCAACCAGGUGGCGGCACAACAGAUUAUGCAGUCCAAAUUUUCCAUGACGCUGUAAAGACAGGAAAGUUUGAAUGUUACCUGAAGCCUGAUACAAGGCUUCCCAUGAUGUACAUUGACGACUGCCUACGUGCAACAUUGGAAAUCCUGGAAGCACCAGCGGAACAGCUCACCAUGAGAACCUAUAAUAUCAGUGCUAUGAGCUUCACUCCUGAAGAGCUGGUGGCUGAGGUUCGAAAGCACUUGACUGACCUUGAGAUCACCUAUAAAGUUGAUGAAAUGCGCCAGGCAAUUGCUGAUAGUUGGCCAAUGGAAUUCGAUGACCACAACGCUCGUCAAGACUGGGGCUGGAAGCAUGAAUAUGAUCUUUCUGAGCUGGUCUGCACAAUGCUAAAUUUUUAUACAACUGAUAACCGGCUGAUGCAAACAAAUUAAAGAAAAAUGAAAGAUUUUUUGAAGGACCAGAAUCUACAAGGGGAUCCAAUGUAUAUAAGAACAUCAUUAGAUGACAAAAUUUAGAUCACUUUUGAAUAAAUAGUCAUUUUUCUCUACUUGAACCAGGUUGACUACUAUGGCUCGCUGUGUACCUUGUGCAGCAAGAAUAUAAAAUGUAAUGGUUGAUGGUAACCUGAAGAAGUGUUUGGUCUAGAUGAAGAGUGAUGUUACAAAGGGCUGCCAACAUACAGGGCAGAGUAUUUCAUUUGAACUAUUAUUUAUUUAUAAAUUUUCAGUUCUGAAUUUUAUUCUUGAUAAAAUGUGUACUUUGUGCAAAGAUGAGAAGGAAAGAGUAAAUGUUCACUUCAUCUUUUAAAAAUUAUUAUUAGAGCCUUAAAAUAUUCUUCAGUACUCAAGUUAAAAAUGGAGGUAGCUGAAGGUUAUUUAAUAAUGUAGUUGAAUAAGUUGUGUAAUAAGCUGUAUUCUACUUGCAGUUUAUUUAAUCUGAAGAAUUUUGUUUUGUAGACUAUUUCUGUUUCUGUAAAGAAUUAAUGCAGUUUAUCUCAAAACAUCCAUCGUCUGAUCAAACACUGUACGCUAUGAAAGGUGAUUAAUCUUGGCGUAAAUGUUUUUGGAUAUUGUGCAAACAUUUGUUUUGCAUUUCUGACUUCUUUUCAUGCUAUAGCACUUCAUUAAAAGCUACAUUUUCAUAAGGUUAGAGCGGCCUCCAAUGUUUUGGCAUAAUUGUGCAAAUUCUAUAAUUUAUAAUAAGGAAAACCAAACUGAUGUCAGUAUAGUGAUGGAUGGUCAAAAGAUGAAAAAGCAAUUCCAUUACUUUUAUGCAUUUUUUUUAAAUGAGUAUGUGUGUCUUUAAAAGUUCUUGAUGGCUACUUUAUUGCAAAACGUGUCUACUUUUUUUUAUAUAUCGAGCAAAAAUUUUGCUUUAAGUUUCAGAUUUUUGCGUUUGAAGGUUUUAUUGGACUUGAUGUCUUGCAAAUAAUCUUUUUUCCUCAAUUUGAGUAUUUAAAAAAAAUAAAAGAGCAUUCAAAAUCCAAA